CAUCCUAUAAAUAAUAACAUAAAAAAUGGCGGAUUUAAUUAGGCGACCAGAACCCAUGCAAUCUUCUCCCCGAUCAAGUCCAAGAGAUCGGGGAUCAAGAUCACCAGCAUAUCCACGACAAGAUUCUUCUGGAACACUUAAAACAACUAUCAGCCUGGUCCCUGGAAAAAACCCUUCGGUUAUUCACAAAGGAUCUUUUUACUUAAACAAAGACAUACCAGGUAGGCGGCUAUUCAAAAAAAAAAAAAAAAUUAAAAUUAUCCAAAAGAAGAAACCUAGGCCUAAUGAUUCAUGUUCAAAAUUCUGUGGUGACAAUUCGUCAACCAUUAUUCAGUACUGUACUAUCAUUCAUUUUGUAUUUUAGCAGGGUACAAAAAAAGUGUAAAAAGUAAGGUAAUCUAAUAAAUUAAUAAAUCUACCACUUGAGCUUCGGCCAAGAAGAAACCCAGCUGUUCGGUUUGGAAGGGCUAGUUAAACAACUAUUCUUACAUUGGAGUUUUUUAAUAUUUUUGCUUCCGUAUAUGCUUAAGUUAUAUUGCACAAUACCAAUACAUUCAUUUAAAUAAUUAGUACUUCCAAGCUACUGUUAUGCCAGGAAGAAAAAGAGACAACAAUAGUGCCGAUGCCCGAAAUGUUUGAUACAGAUAAGAUACAAAAUGAAGAAGAAUGGGGGCUGUCCACACUACUGCUGAAUUUGUCAGACCCCUUAUUCAGCAUCUAAGAUGGUGCAUUCAUGUACCACAACCGUUUUCGUAUUUUUUAAAACUUCAUUUUCACCUUGGGGGAGAACUAUGCAUAAUUCCAUUUUCACACAUUAAAUUGUUUAAAUUCUUCUAUUUAACAAAAAUUGUCUUGUGUUAUUUUUAUUAGUACCUGUACUAUUAUUAUGGGAAAUAAUACGUACAACCAAUGUCAUUAAAAAUAAUAUAAGAAUAAUUAUUUAAAUAACCCUUCCCACCGGAACAGCUGGAUUUUUUCUUGGUUGAUGCUCAAGUGGUAGAUUACCAAAAGUAAAUACCAUUCAAUUGACUGAAAUUACAAUCACUUCGGCUUCGGUCUACGGCCGGUAAAAUUACAAUCAGUUAGUUUGAGUUACUGACUGAGUAACAUUUAAUAUUGACUAUCACUAUAUUAUACUUAAUACUAUCACUGGUUUAUGAUAAUGCCAGAGAUUCACCAGUGAUUGAAUCCCUGUUUACUGGUGAAUCUCUGGCAGGCUUUGGCAUUAUUUAUUUUUAACCAGUGGUGAUACUGACUGAUACUCAUUGAUAGUAAGACCAAAGCUCAAUAAAUAGGAUUUCUAGAAGUUCUAAACCACAGAUCAGAAUAUAUGUAGUCGUUUGAAUGGGUUGGUAGAACAAUUUUUCGGUAAAUAAGGGGUUUAUUAGUAAAGGUUUUGAACAAAAAUAUUUUACCCUGCCCUAAACACAGUGAUGUCCCUUUGACUUUGGGAAAUCCCAGCAGUGGAUGUAAAGUCAAAUGAAAAUUUUCAUUUGUUUUUAUAAAAUUACAACAUUCAAAACAAAUUAAAGAAAUAUAUUCAUCCUAAAGAAAUAUAUAUUCAUCAUUGUUAAUAGCAGUAUUAGUAUGCUGAAAUGACCAUUGGUUAAAAAAAAAUAAAGCUGUGCACAUGGCUAAAAAUUCUGUCUAUUGAAGAAAAAAAAACCAGUAUGCUAUAAUAUUCUGGGGUGGGUGACCCCUACCACAACCUUCCCCUCCUAAUUUCAAGACAAAAAUAAAAAGUAAGUGUAAAUCAUGUAGAUGGACGAGAUAAACUUGUAUCAAAUAAGUACAGAACUCAAACUCCAAAUCUUUUGAAUUUAGGACUAGCGCCUGAAGUAAAUCUGGGGAUCCUCCAUGACCUAUAUAGUGUGGAAAUCCAACCUCAUCCUAAUUAAUAAGGUUACCUAAUUAUUUCAUUUGACCCUUAAGUACAUGGAAUAUACAGCUCUUCAAAAUGAAAAAUUAAUUGCAAGACAUUCAGUACUAAAAAUUUAGUUAAAGGCACUUAUUGUUCCAUGUACGGUAUUUUAGUUUUUUUUAAUUUACCGUACCUUUGUUGUCAACCUUUUUUUUUUUUUUGGGAAUCUAUACUAUUAAUAUUAAUACUAUGAUUAAACUUUUGGACUGGUGUGCUCAAUUACUAGUUAAAACGUUUUUUGUUACAUACUGGUAUCCAAUCUGAUAUUAAUCAUUAAUAAUUGAGAAAUUACAAAAUAAAAAAUUAAUUGCAAGACAUUCAGUACUAAAAAUUUAUUUAAAGGCACUUAUUGUUCCAUGUACGGUAUUUUAGUUUUUUUUAAUUUACCGUACCUUUGUUGUCAACCUUUUUUUUUUUUGGGAAUCUAUACUAUUAAUAUUAAUACUAUGAUUAAACUUUUGGACUGGUGUGCUCAAUUACUAGUUAAAACGUUUUUUGUUACAUACCGGUAUCCAAUCUGAUAUUAAUCAUUAAUAAUUGAGAAAUUCUGCACCUGGGAUAUGCUCUUUAAAAUUCAAUGCAAGAGGAGUUUCGUUUCCCAAAUAGUCUUUAUAUGGAUAAGCAUGCAUUGGUCAGUUAGAAUCUUGCCUACAACAAAUCUUUAGUAUAAAAAUUAUCAUAAAGUGAGGCAUAGAACUAGAAUACGUCAUGCUAAUUACUAAUUAAAAAUUUUGAAUGGAAAUUGGAAAUGAAUUGUAUACAUUUAAACAAAUAAUAUAUUAGUUGACUAUGAAUUGUGAAAUAAUUUCAUGGGACACAGAUGAGGCUGAGAUUACAGGGAGCACCAACUUACUGAACUAUUAUAACCUGGAGCACUCGUACAACAGAUUUCUUAACAAAAAGGUGAAAGAAGAGUUGAGUGCAUUCCUUCCUCAUUUACCAGGAAAUAUUGAUUCUCCUGGAGGUCAAGAUAACAGGUUUGCUUAUGUCUAUUAUUUUUUUUGUGAACAAGAAAGAAUAAAACUAUUUCUUGCAAAGGUUCCUUUACAGAAGUAAAAUUGUUAUUUUAAAAUUAUUUCUGUUGUCAGAGUUUUAGCUUAAACAAUAAUAAGUUGAGCAAUUAAGUAAUUGUUGCCUUUAUUUUUUUUACAAAAAAUUAUUGUUUGUAAUACUGAUACAGUUUAAUUCAAUCUUAUUUUAACAUAUAGCAAGAAUUUAUUGUUCAUUUUAAAUUUACACAUGUUGAUAUAGUUAAAUAAUUUAGAUACCGGUAUCAUAUUUUACAAUGUACAUUUUGCCCUCUAGUUCCUUGCGGUCACUUAUUGAUAAAGUUCCAAUAACAGGGAAGGAACUCACACAAUUAUCAGGAUCAGCUCUAUCUGGAUUUAGGUUGCAUCCAGGGCCUGUAAGUUUUGCUAAAUUUACUCACAACUUUCUUUGUAAAUUUAUCAUUAAAAUGUUAACAGAAUUUUUUAUUUAUUUUGGUAGGAAAAUUAAUCUUUACAAAAAACAAUUUUUGCAAUAGAUUAAAAAAGCUAAAUAAUUUUAGUACGGUAUCCUUUAUCAAUUUGUACACCUCUGGUUCAAAAAGGGUUAGCAAAUAUGAAAUACAGUACUUUUGUAAAUAAAUGUUGUCAUUUGACCCCGAUUUCUUAGCUUCCAGAACAGUAUCAGAUCAUGAAUCAAAUGACACAAAAGAAGAAACGACAUAAAAAGAAAAUAAAAGAUUCAGAAAAGGGGAGUGCAUUGCAAUUAGCUCAAAGUAAGUGUUUUUCCAAUUUUCUUUUGAAUAUAAAUUAUAAAUCUGUUUUGGUCUAAUAGAAUAAUCAGAAUAUGAAAACUUAAAGAAAUUUUAGUAAAUCAAUUAUAAAUUACUGAAACUUAUCAAGUAGAUAAAUCUAUUUCAACAAAUUUGAAUUUCAAAAGAUCCAACAAAAUGUAUGAAUCAAUAUUGGUUUGGGGCAAACUCAAAAAGAAGUAAUGGUUUCGUAGCAGCAUUAAGUUUAUCCACAGCAGACAGUGGAACAGGUGAGCCUGAAGCCAAAAAGCCUAAGCGUCCCAAAAAAGAAGAUGACCAGAAAGAUUCAAAGAAAAAAAGAAAGAAGGACAAGAAGAAGAAAAAGGUACUGGUACUUGUCAGGAGAGCUAUUUUUGGCUGAGAAAAUGCAUGCUGCAUGCAAUACAAAUUUCCAUUAAUAUUUCAGUACAUUUCAGGAAAUUUAGAAAUCAACAAAAAAAAAGGAUAAGUAAAAAAAAUGAUCCAUCAGUCAGAGAAUAAAAUAUGAUUUUUUCAUAACAUUUUAUUUUUGUCAGCUCAAAGCAUUCCUCCAAAAUUGCAUGCAUUCAAACUUCAUUUUUUUCCCUUUAACACUUAAGUUUUUAAAAAUACUUUUUGUUUCUUGUUAAAUCUUCAUUUGUCUUGUCUUCUGAGGAAGGCUCUUAGCCAAAGCUUUCCUCUUAUUGUCCUAUUACAAGCUUCCACUUACCCUGUUCUUCUAUUACCUUCACACAGUUUGAAUCUAGUCCUUCAUUUUUUAUGCAUUAAUAUUAAUAGACAGAGAAAAACUCAAAUUUUACACCCCCCUUACUUUUUUAAUUUUCUUUUUUUCAAAAUUAUCAAAGCAGCUAAAAUUUAAAAAAUAUAGUACAAUAAUAAAAUAUUAUUUUAGUUCUUGAUCAGAUCUUCAUUUUAUAUUUAUGGGAGAGUAAAAUGAUACAUGCAAAGUGAAGUGUUGGUAACACUUCUUAAUCAUUUUUAAAAGUUAGAAUAGUUUUGUUUUCAAUAUCCAAUAGCUUGUUUCUAUUGCUUUCUUUCUCAUGCAGAAACACAGUCCAGAACCAACUGUCACAAAUGGACCUGAUCCAACUGUAUAGUGUUUGCCCGCAAAAUUUGUACAUAAUGGUGUGACAGUAACUAUGAAAGCAUUGCUAUAACUAUAUGUGUGAUAUGCGACCAUCAUUAUUACAUGUUAACCAUGGCUUAUAAUUUUAUUACAUGCAUUGCCUAGGGUGAAGACAGGAAGGUGUCUAGAAAUUACUUAAGUUUGUCAGGGGUAUUACUUUUUGUUAAAUGACCAAUACAAGUUUGGCCCAUUUUUUCACAUUGAUUUUCAGCCAUUUUAACAUUAUAGAGAAUCAGUUAAAAUUGAUUUAAAAUCUAUGUCAUUAUUAUCAUAAUGAUUCUUGUUGAAGAAAUUGCAUUGUUCAAAAUCAUAAAUAUCAACAUAGAUUUGAAAUUCCUUGUUAACUCUUAUUUAGAUAAGAUAGGACAUGGAAGAAUGAGAUGUGUAAUUGGGUUUUGUAUCAUAUUUUGUGAAUGUCUGCAGUUUAAUUUUUUUCAUGAAGCAAAUUAGUUGUAAGCAUUUCAGUUAUAUCAUAUUGCUUAUUAACUGGUGUAAUGUGUAUGAUGUACAUAAUUAUUUUUAGGAUUUAUGUAUUAUAUUUAUGAUGGAAUAAAUGUACCGGUAUUUAAAAAAAAUCUAAAUGCUGUUACUUUUACUGAUGCUUUUGUUUUUUAAAGUUUUAAAAGUGGUCCACAUUUUAGGUGACUUUGAUCAUUAGUAUUUAUUUCAAAAGUAGUAUUUAUACAUAUUAAAUUGAAUUUGACUCUAACGGAAUUCCUUUUUACAG